UUUAAGAGUUUAGAUAACAGGCGUAGAUUUACUUCAGCUCGGCGAAUCGAAGCAGCGGAAAGGCGCGGUCGUAUCUCUCGGAGCCUGUCCCCUCACUUUUAGGGUUUCAGUUCUUCUCUUGCCGCCGCUAAUAUGAGUCGCCAUCCUGAGGUCAAGUGGGCCCAAAGGUCCGACAAGAUCUACCUUACUAUUCUCUUAGCCGAUGCAAAAAAUGUUCAGAUUAAUCUUGAGCCAGAUGGUGUUUUCACCUUUUCUGGUACAACUGGUUCUGACAAUGUCCUGUAUGAGGUGAAACUGGAGCUCUAUGAUAAAGUAAAUGUAGAGGCAAGCAAACUAAACACUGGCGUUAGAAGCAUCCUCUGUGUUAUCGAAAAAGCAGAGAAGGGGUGGUGGAAGAAGCUACUGCGCGGUGAUGGAAAGCUACCUCACUACAUUAAAGUUGACUGGGAUAAAUGGGCGGAAGAAGAUGAAGAUGAUGGUCCUACUGCCACUGCUGAUGACUUUGGAGGGAUGGACUUUUCGAAAUUUGAUAAUAUGGGUGGAAUGGAUGGUGAUGACGAUCUUGAUGUUAGUGAUGAUGAAGAGGCCGAAACUGCAAAGACUGAAGAUGCCAUUGAAGGUCUAGAUGUGGAGAAAAAGGAUGAAGAAGUUUCAGAGAUCAAAGAAGAAACAGAAAAAGCUCCAAGCACCUGAAAAAUCCUCAAGAACACUCUGUUGUGCCCUCCAUUGAUCUCUCAUUACUGUGGUCCAGAUAUUAUUAAUACAGACAAAUUUUAAGCUUUUGCCUUAUUAUUUCCUUUAAGAUGGACAUUUGUAGUUUCCCCCUCCCCAAAAAAAAAAUUAUGGAUUUUGUGUGUGAACUAUCUAACAGCUGGUAAACAUAGUUGAGAGAGUUCUAUUUAUGAGGAUGUUUGGUAUUUUUCAUUUCUGAUUUGCUCUUU